AUGUCUCAUCACCACUAUGAAACCAACCCACAUUUCGUUCAGUUUUCCUUGCAGGAUCGAUAUCCCGGUGGCACCUCUACCUCAUGGACCUCUCCGCACCACCACCAGACCCCACAGACUCACCCAGUUGCUCCUCCCGGGCCCAAAAUAAAGACUCGAGGACGUCACCAGACUGAGCCACCUGAACCAAUCCAUGAACCGCCUUCCUCAAGACCCUUGCCACUGAGGCCAGAAGAACCGUUAACACCACGCCAUAAUCCAAACUCUUCCAGGCCAUUGAUAUUGAGCCCUGAAGAUCAACAACGACCUCCACACCAUGGUGGCUAUGGACCUGAACCAACUCCAUGGAGGACGGCUCCAACACGAUCAGCGCAUCAACCAGGUCCAAAGAGGACCAAACCCAUGAAAUUGCCGGCUACAGUCUGCUGUGCAAUUCUCUUGAUCAUCGUGAUUCUCUCCGGCCUCGUCCUCCUCAUCGUCUACCUCAGCAACCGUCCUCGCUUACCAUACUUUGACAUCGCAGCAGCAAACCUAAACACCGCAAAUCUUGGAAUGGGUUACGUUCUAAAUGGAGAUCUCGCCGUAGUGGUAAACUUCACUAACCCAAGCAAGAAAAGCAGUGUCGACUUCAGCUACGUAAUGUUCGAGCUCUACUUCUACGACAUACUCAUAGCAACCGAGCACAUCGAGCCAUUCAUUGUUCCAAAAGGAAUGUCGAUGUUCACGAGCUUCCAUCUAGUGAGCAGUCAGGUACCGAUUCAUAUGAUUCAGAGCCAGGAGUUGCAGCUUCAGCUUGGAGCCGGCCCUGUGUUGUUGGAUCUGAGAGGAACAUUUCACGCUCGCUCGAACCUUGGGUCGUUACUGAGAUACUCUUAUUGGUUGCAUACACGUUGCAGCAUCUCGUUGAAUAGCCCUCCUUCAGGGUCCAUGCGAGCAAGAAGAUGCAUUACGAAACGCUAGCGAUUUGCCUGCCGCUUUCUGCGACUGAGUAUAUUACUACUUUUGUUGAUGCAUUUGAUGAUUCUGUUCAUACUGGGAAAUUGAUAGAUUUGUACUGUUUUGUAUGUUUUCAUGUUUUCUGCUACUUUUAGAAAUAGACAGGAUGGCAAAUGGAAAGUGCAUCUGAUUUUGUAUUCUGAAUAAUAGGAUUGAUC